CCUCCCAUCUCUCUCCUCCCCCACCCCCGAUUGCUGCCACCGCCGCCGCCGCCUUCCCCUCUCCUCGCGUCUCUCCGCCUCAGCGACGUGAAGCGCGUCCCCAUCUCGUCGUCUCCGCGCGCAAGAACCAGCCAGAGAUGGAGACGCCGCUGUCCACCAGGCGGAUCACCCGCUCGCUCGCCGCCGCAUCCGCCCUUCUUGGAUUCGAUUCUCCCCCUGCAGAGAAGAGCGCCGCCGCCGCCGCGGAUGUGACCUGCAGCAGAUCCAAGAAGGCCGUCCCCAAGGGAGGGGACGGUCCGCGCGCCGCGCUGCACGACAUCACCAACGACUCCCCCAUCGUCGGCCUCGCCGCGGGCGGACUCGUCCACGCCGCCGACAGGACGCCACAGGCCUCCACCGCUGGCGCCAAGAACCGCCCCAGGCCCCGCUGCACGCCCGGCUCUGGCGAGGCGCUGCUGCGCGGCCAGGUCAAGACGCUCCUGCAGAAGGUCGACGAGGAGGGCGCUGCCGCCGCCGUCAUCAGGCCGGUCCGCAUCCACGCGCUGCUCGGCGUCACCAGGUCGCCGGCGCAACUCCUCGCCCCCACGCCGUUCAACACGCCCCAGCUCUGGGCCGAGUCCGCCGGUCGUGGGGAGUCCGCGCAGCCUGAUGGCCGGACCGUGCUGCCCUGCGUCCUGGAGCAGGAAGAACUGAUUCCUAAGCUGCAGGCCAUUGCUGAUCCCCCGCCCAACCGUGCGCUGGUGUUCGACGACUCCCCAGGGAAAUCGGACCAGUCCACCGAUGGAUCGUCCCUGACAUUCCACGUGAGCAGCAGCGACAGAUCAGCUGACGACGACAGCUCGUCGGUUUGGUCUAUCCAGGUCAAUGUCAGCUCCGAGGAGAAGGAAGAGGAGGAGAUCGGUGUUGACACCGUGGGAGAGCCUGAAGAAGAGUACAAUACCGAGGAAGAGCCGGAAGGAGAGUACUACACCGAGGAGGAGGACUGGGAAGACGAUGAUGAUGAUAGCGAGUGCUUUGAUGAUCUGUGCGAGGGGAUGAGCAAGAUGUCGGUGUUCGAGGCGGAGGAGAAGAAGAAGGUCGGGCUGCCGGCGUUCGAGGGCAGGCACACUCGGUUCGUCUACAACAGCGACGACGAGAUCGUGGAGAGGAAGGAGGUGGAGAACGCGGCGGCAGAGCACGGCGCGCUGCUGAGGGGCCUGCCGGUGCCGGAGGGGAAGCAUCUCCGGUUCCACGACGACGAUGACGAGGAGGAGUAAGCAGGCCUGCAUGAGUUGAUGGGGAUGGGUUUGGGGUGUUUACGUUGAUGGGAUACAGUAGUGUGGUUGUCGCUCCCUGACACCAACCAAGCAACACAUUCUUUUGGUUUGGACAUGCUAUCUUUUAUGCUUUCUUUUUUAGGCUUUGAUGGGAUACAGUAGUGCUGGUUCCAGUUCUUCUGAGGACAUGGUGGUACAUUGAUGUUAUUGCUGGUUCAGUUAGUGCAACAUAUCUCAAAGUUGUACUAAAUAACUCAAUGCUCUCAUUGUAGUUCAUGCUCAUUCUGUGUAUUCAGUUUUCAGUUCAUGCUCAUUCUGUGUAUUCAGUUUUCAGUUCUUGCUCA